AUGCCUCACAAUCCCAGAGCUCAUGCUGAAAAGCUGCCGCGGUCGACAGCCGAAAAGCAGCCCUGCGACAGGGCACCCUCACACGCCAUGCCGCCGCCGCUCCUCAGAAUCCCGGGCGACCUUCUCCUCGUCAUCUUCAACGAGGGCGAUAUCAACGACAAAGCUGCGCUGGGGCGGGCUAGUCGCUACCGGUACGAAAAGCUGAAACCUCCUCUCUAA